ACUCUCUCGUAGGUGGUAGCAAUAAGGGCACAUUGGCGUUGAAAUCGUGUGCACAAAUUCGUUGAGAGGUGUUUGUCUUGUGUUUUCAAUUUCCAACCCUUUGUGUUUGCCUUUGUUUUUAGACACAGCUUCGCGCCCAAACGUGUGAACCAAAACCUCCUUCUCUCUCUCUCUCUCUCUCUCUUAACUUGCUUUGCAUUUGUGAGUCAGUUAGCGAGAGAAUAGCAACAAAGAAGAAAAGAAAAACACCAAACAAGUCAUUAAGAAGUAGCACUAGAAAAUUGGAAGAGAAAACAUAAUAAAAAACUUGAAAUAGAAAGACUGCAUUGAUUAGAUGAAAACGUCGUCGUUUCGGAGAUGCAGCAACGCAGAAGAAAUCCAGUUACCGGAAAACCUAGGAAGCUCGUCGCCAGCGUCCGAUGGUGGCGGCGCCGGACAUUCCUACGGCGCGAUGUUGCCGGUGUUCCUCAACAACCUCCGUAGCAACCACCACCAGGAGCUCGUUGAAAUCACCUUGGAGAUCGACGACGACGCAGUCGUGCUCUGCAACGUCGCGCCGGCAAAUUCCGCCCCGGACGCAUCUCCAUCGUCUGUUUCCGCCGCCGGCUCUGCUCCCGUCGCAUCGCCGUCGUCAGUUUCUUGCGCCGGCGAAGAAGCCGGCGCCAUCGGUGCCGGAGUGCCGAGGAGUCUGUCGAUUGCGUCGCGAAUUCGGAGAAAGUUCCCGUGGAUAAGAUCGGCGUCGUCGCGGAACUCGGUAUCGUCGGAGAGCGGCGGCAACGUAAGUGUUGAAGAUCCAGUGGCGACAGCACGGAACGCGAGGAGGAUGCGGUUACAGAUUGAACGGUCGAGAUCGAGCGCGCAGAGUGCGCUGAAGGGUUUGAGAUUCAUCAGCAAGACAGGGAGUGAUGGUAGUAGUGAGGAACUGUGGAAGAAGGUGGAAGAGAGGUUCAUGUUGCUCUCAAAGGAUGGCUUGCUCGCUCGAGAGGACUUCGGUGAAUGCAUUGGGAUGGAGGAUUCAAAAGAAUUUGCGGUGGGUAUAUUUGAUACGUUAGCUAGAAGAAAAGAAAAUAGAGUCAGCAAAAUAACGAAGGAAGAGUUGCAUCAAUUCUGGUUGCAAAUUUCGGAUCAAAGCUUUGAUAAUCGCCUUCAGAUUUUCUUUGACAUGGCGGACAGUAAUGAAGAUGGAAGAAUUACAAGGGAGGAAGUGCAAGAGCUCAUAACACUCAGUGCUUCUGCAAAUAAAUUAUCGAAGCUAAAAGAACAAGCUGAAAGAUACGCUGCAUUGAUAAUGGAAGAGUUGGACCCAGAAAACCUGGGUUAUAUUGAGUUGUGGCAGUUAGAAAUGUUGUUACUACAAAAGGAUAACUACAUGAACUACAGCAGACAACUAAGUAGCAGUAGUGUAAGCUGGAGUCAGAAUUUGAGUGGGUCAAGGCCCAGAAGCAAGUUCCAAAGAUUCUUCUGGACAUUUCAGUUCCUUGAACUAGAAUAUUGGAGGAGGGGCUGGAUUUUGUUACUGUGGUUGGUUAUCAUGGCAUGCCUUUUUGCUUGGAAAUUUUACCAAUACAAAAACAGAACAACUUUCAAAGUCAUGGGCUACUGCAUACCUGUGGCUAAAGGCGCUGCAGAGACUCUCAAGUUCAAUAUGGCUCUCAUUCUUUUACCUGUUUGUCGGAACACACUGACUUGGCUUCGUUCCACAAGUGCCAGAAAGUUUGUCUCUUUUGAUGAUAAUAUUAAUUUCCAUAAGACUAUUGCAUUUGCCAUAGCUAUUGGAGUUGCUGUCCAUGCAUUCACUCAUCUGACGUGUGAUUUCCCUCUACUCAUAAAUUCAUCUCCAGAAAAAUUUUCACUCAUAGCUUCAGAUUUCCACCAGAAAAAACCAACAUACGCAUCACUUCUGACCAGCAUUGAAGGCGCCACUGGAAUCUUAAUGGUUCUUUUAAUGCUCAUCUCUUUUACACUCGCAACUCACCACUUCCGGAGAAGUGCACUCAGGCUUCCACCACCCUUUAACAAAUUGACAGGCUUCAAUGCAUUCUGGUACUCGCACCACCUUCUUGGCCUUGUCUACAUUCUGUUGAUUCUCCAUGGAUAUUUCUUAUCUUUGACUCAUCAGUGGUAUAAGAAAACGACAUGGAUGUAUAUAGCUGUUCCACUGUUACUGUAUAUAGCAGAGCGCAGUCUAAGAAAUCGUAGAUCAGCACACUACUCAGUAAAAAUUGUAAAGGUUUCGGUGCUACCAGGAAAUGUCUUCAGCAUAAUCAUGUGCAAGCCAACUGGAUUCAAGUACAAGAGUGGACAGUACGUGUUUUUACAGUGUCCAAAUAUCUCUCCAUUUGAGUGGCACCCAUUUUCUAUCACGUCAGCACCAGGGGAUGAGUACCUAAGUGUUCACAUUCGCACAGUAGGAGACUGGACAAAAGAACUCAAGCGAGUUUUCACAGAAAAUGAUGAAACAUUACCUUUGGAUAGUAAUCAAGCAACACUAGGGGAGCUAGUGCAGAUGGAACAAAGAAGACAGCCAAAACUUUUCUUAGAUGGCCCUUAUGGAGCCCCAGCACAAGACUACCAGAGUUAUGAUGUAUUGCUCCUCAUAGGAUUAGGAAUUGGAGCAACUCCUUUCAUUAGCAUUCUCAGGAAUCUUAUCAAUGAAACCAGAGUAAUUGAUGAAAUGGAAUCAAUGACGGAAACAACAAAAUCAGGAGACAGCUUAAAUAGUUUUGCAUCUUCAAAUUUGACGCCAAGUGGAAACAAGAGAACACAAAGGACUACAAAUGCUUACUUCUACUGGGUUACCAGAGAACCUGGAUCUUUUGAAUGGUUUGAAGGAGUGCUGGAUCAAGUUGCAGAAAUGGACCACAAAGGCCAAAUUGAACUUCACAACUAUCUUACAAGUGUCUAUGAAGAGGGGGAUGCAAGAUCCACCUUAAUUACCAUGAUUCAAGCACUAAACCAUGCCAAACACGGGGUUGACAUCCUAUCAGGCACUCGAGUAAGGACGCACUUUGCUAGGCCUAACUGGAGAGAAGUUUUCACAAAGAUAGCCUCUAAACAUCGGCAGUCUACAGUAGGGGUGUUUUACUGCGGGAUGCCAGUGUUAGCAAAGGAGUUAAAGAAGCUAUCACUUGAGAUGAGCCACAAGACAACUACACGUUUCAACUUUCACAAGGAGUAUUUCUGAAAUGCGGAAUGAUAUUUAAACAACUUUUAUUCAUUUUUCUGUAAUUAUCAAUUAAAUGAUUCAAAAGGGAAAUUAAGAAAUGUUUAGUUCAUGGUAGUUGUAGGACAGCAAGUGUAAUUAUAGUAUUACACAAUUACAGUGCAAUACACAAUAAAAUAAACAGAGUAAAAAAAUUUCAAAGAUUUCAGUCAGGCAAACACCAUACAAGCGUGUUUUAG